AAAUUUGGGUUGGCCUUGGGAACCACCCAUUAUCUCUGGCCACCACUGGCCCUGCCCCUCCCUUCCAUGGGGAAGCCGGCAUCUGACAUAGCCCUGAGAUCUUGUACAUUAGUCUUGAGGCAGGGUAGGGGUGGGUGUGGUGGAGAGGAAGUCACACCUGGGAGGUGAGGUGCUAGUGGACUGUUCCCUGAGAGACACGAGGAGGCUAAAGGAUUCCCAGAGAAGCUUCACAAGUCCCUGAGGCUAGGUUAAGGCCUGGGCCAAAAUCAUCUAAGGGUGUGUCUGUAUCAGCUGUUUCCCCCAGGACUUCACUCCAUCUUGAAUAGGAGGUGCAGUCUGUAGCACUUUUUGAACGGCUUCCUUGAGUCAGGAUGGCUUCCUGGUUUUGACCCAGGAAACUCAGUACGUUAUCAAAGAGGCACCCUGCUAGCCUUCCGGAAAGAUGCUCCUCACCUGGACACGGGAUGCUUUGUGCCCUUUAAAGCUUGCUGUUUAAAAUGGCCAGCUGGAGCCAGUCAGAAAAUGUUAUUCAGAGUGAACACCUGAAGUAGCAAACUGGUGUAUCUGCUUGCAAGGAAAUGGUCCCAUCCUUUUCGAUGUGUAGCCAUUGACAAUCCUACAACAUUCCUUUGAAGGGUUUAAUUGCAACUAAAUUAAACUAUGAGUGGAGGGGGCGGUUUUCAUGCAGGCUGAUCUUCAUCCUAGGCUUACUCUACCUUGCUGCUACACAGUGUCCACCUUGGUUUGCAUUUGGAUGGGUGACUACAUGUGAGCGUGUAAGAGAUUCCCCUUAGGGGAUGGGGCUGCGACAUCUCCAGAGAGGGCUGAGAGAGACUCCUGCCUGGAACCUUGGAGAGCUGCUGCCAGUCAGUGUAGUAGACCAUGCUCAGUUCUUCUAUUUCUGCUUUCACUUGGAUGCAACAGGUGCCCAAACGGACCUCUUUGCUCCCCAUCUGACUUGGAGGCUGGAAAAAUACAAGGCACUUAAGCAUUUGCAAUAUUUCUGGACUUCAUUGUUAUAAUAUAAUUGCCUCUGCUCGUAUCUGAAUCUCUUGAAAGGCUGGGAAUCGCCGAACCCUGGUGCAGCUUUCUUGACCCGAGUCAACCCCACUCCCCAAGCAAAGCACCUGCCGCUACCCUAGAAGAAGCUCUCGUAAUCUCCUUAUGCAGCAGCCCUUUGUGCGAAGCAGCCUUCUGCUCCUGAGCUUUCUUCAGGCUGCUUUCCCCAAAAUACUCUAGUCUGAACUAGGGAUACGUUGCCUCUUCACAGGGGUUGUAUCGUCACGUUUAAGCCUCACAGCAGCCCAGCAAGGUAGGUGAAGGUGGCUUGGUGGCUCACAGUCGGCUCACGACAACCAGGUCUCGGGCCUCCAAACACAACCUUCUAGCCAUGUGCUUUCCUGCCUGUUGCAAAUAAUCGGAGAGACGCAAAGGAACCCCAGCUUGCGAAUGGGAUCUCAUUGCUGCCUGGAAUUCCAGGCCUCGUAAGUUUGCUGAAAGUGGAAAAGAGAGAGUAAUCUCCUGCCACUGCUGGAUUAUCUGUGCCAAGGCGGGGGGUGGGAUGUAGCAGAAGGAUUAAUGGAAGCUUCUCCCAACCCCCCCCCAUGUUUUAUUCCCUGAACUGCAGCGUCUCGGCAGGGAGAAGCAAAACGAGCACCGCCUUCUCCGCAUGAAGAAUGGAUCUGGGCCUCUGCAAGGCCCCUUGGCGGCCUGUGUGACUGGGCCAAGCGCAUGGGGGCAGGUGAAAGAAUCCCACCCCUGUGUUGCAUUCCUUUUUAAAGGGGAAGUGUUGAAGCAGCUGCAGCGGAGGUACUCUCUGGAAGCGCCAACCCAAGAGGCCAGAUCUGCUGUGUGCGCGCAAUGGUGCUGAGAGGCCUCUUCUUCAUUCUCUCUUUCCUGGAGCUCCUUUCAGGUGAGGAGCCAGAAGCAAACCUGGAUACCUACUGGUCCGGCACAGCCCCGAUCUGCUUGGGGGGCUGCAAAGGGAAACACAAAGAGCUGAAGAGAAGCCAAUGUGGGAACGGAAGCUGUUGCUGGCUGGGAUAUAAAUCGUUUUGUCGAGUGAAUUGUGGACGUCCGGAAGCGGAGUUCAAUUCCGUGGUCUACGGCAAUGACUGGUGGGUGGGCUCCGUGGUGCGCUACAACUGCCGCCCUGGCUUCCUUCUCGUUGGGGACCCGGCUAGUGCAUGCCAGUCCAGUGGCCACUGGACUCCCAAACCUACGUGCCUCCGGAUCUGCCUCCGGGGACGGAUUGAAAUCAACGAGCGAGACAUUGACAGGAGCUGCUCCUCUACCUGUCCCAACAAGGUGCACCUGGGGGCCUUUCUCAAUCAUGGCUGCAUCAAGAUCUCCUCCUGCACUACCAAGCAAUCUGGCUGGACCCGCUGGUUCACUCGCUGUGACUUUUGCGAGUGUGACUGCUAUGUCCCCUGCUCCUCUUCAGGAUAAAGGGCAGCACUGACAGGGCAGCUGUUCUGAGCUUCUCCACGCACACAAGUUUUUGACUAUCGGGUGUGCCUCGCCCUCCCUGGCUUCCAACCUGCAGAUGAAAUUAUCCUCGCCAGAGGGCCCCUUUGAACCUUCUCUUCUUAACUGGUGUGUGGGACAGAUGGGGAACCCAAGUGUCGUUAAGAUUUAAUUGUACGUGAAUAAAGCCUGUUGCAAAGAAUGUGUGUGUUCUGGCACUCAGAGGAAGCUCCAGGUGAGUGAGAUCCUUCUUAGUCGACAAGACUCAUGCUUGGCAUGCAGACUGUGCCAUUCAUUCAGUCCUUAGCAUCUCCACUUGAAAGGAUUUUUAACAGCAGCAGGGCUAAAAAAGGACUUGUACCUGAAUCCUUGGAGACCUGCUGCGCUCCCAGGCAUAGUGGGCUGAUGGGCUUUGCUGAUAGCUUCACAUUUCACCCUGAAUCCUUGGGUGUCUCUUCCAAGUGGGUAGACCCCGUCCCCGUGCAUGCAUGGAACUAAUCUUGGCUCACAUUACAAUCUGAUCUACUGCCCUUGCUGAAGUUUAGCAUCUUGAAUUAGGAGA